ACAUGGCAGGAAACUUAAGCGGCGAUUGGCUGACGCUGUUUCCGUACACUUACAGGAGAAGGCUGAAUUGCAGAGUCGUUGCACAGUUUGGGAAAACCCUCUUUGGGACCUAUAAACAUAUUCCUGUCAUAUUUUGUUCACGUCACCUGACAAUAAAAGAAGAUGGCGCAGUGGUGCCAACUCCAGAUGCUGGACUGCAAGUACCUGGAGCAGGUGGACCAGCUGUACGACGACUCGUUCCCCAUGGACAUCCGACAGUACCUGAGCAAGUGGAUCGAGAGCAUCGACUGGGACACGGUGGCGAUACAGGACUCUCUGGCCACAGUUCGCUUCCACGACCUCCUGGCUCAGCUGGACGACCAACACAGCCGCUUCGCCCUGGAGAACAACUUCCUGCUGCAGCACAACAUCCGCAAGAUCAAGAGGAACCUGCAGGAUCGGUUCCAGGAAGAUCCGGUCCACAUGGCCAUGAUCAUCUCCAGGAACCUGAAGGAGGAGCAGAAGAUCCUCGCCACUGCCAAGAGCAUAGAGCAGGAGAGGGAGGGGACGGAGUCGGCGAUGGUGGUGGAGAAACAGAAGCUGGACAACAAAGUGAAGGAGAUGAAAGAAAGAGUGCAGGUGGCGGAUCAGAACAUUAAGAACCUUGAAGAUCUGCAGGACGAGUAUGACUUCAAAGCCAACACGCUGAAGAGCAGAGAGAACGAAGUGAACGGCAUGACAGCAAAGGAGCUGGAGAAAGAGAAGCUGGUGGUCGGGAGGAUGUGCUUCGAACUGAAAGCCAAACGACAGCAUCUCCCCCUCCUUCUCCUCCUCCUCUGGCAUCUCCUCCUGUUUUUCUUCCUCCUCCUCCUCUUCCUGCAUCUCUUCCUCCUCUUGCUACAUCUGCUCCUCCUGUGUUUCUUCCUCCUCCUCUUCCUGCAUCUCCUUCUCCUCCUGUGUCUCCUCCUCCUGCCUCUCCUCCUCCUGUGUUUCUUCCUCUUCCUCCUGCUGUUCUUCCCCUCUUCUGCAUCUCCUGCAUCUCCCCCUCCUUCUCCUCCUCCUCUGGCAUCUCCUCCUGUUUUUCUUCCUCCUCCUCCUCUUCCUGCAUCUCUUCCUCCUCUUGCUACAUCUGCUCCUCCUGUGUUUCUUCCUCCUCCUCUUCCUGCAUCUCCUUCUCCUCCUGUGUCUCCUCCUCCUGCCUCUCCUCCUCCUGUGUUUCUUCCUCUUCCUCCUGCUGUUCUUCCCCUCUUCUGCAUCUCCUGCAUCUCCCCCUCCUUCUCCUCCUCCUCUGGCAUCUCCUCCUGUGUUUCUUCCUCCUCCUCUUCCUGCAUCUCCUCUUCCUCUUGUGUUUCCUCCUCCCCCUCCUUCUAUUCCUCCUCUGGCAUCUCCUCAUUCUCCCCCUCCUGUGUCUCCUCCUCCCCCUCUUCCUGCAUCUCCUGCAUGUCCUCCCCCUCUUCCUCCUCCUGCUGUUCCUCCCCCUCUUCCUGCAUCUCCUCCUCCUCCUCCUCCCCCUCUUCAUCUAUGUUGUUCUCUCCUGCCCCUGCGUCUCCUCCACCUCCUCUUCAUCUGUCAUUUCCCUUUCCUCUUCCUCCUCCUCCGGCAUCUCCUCAUUCUCCUCAUGCUCUUCCUCUCUGCUCCUCCUCCUCAUGCUCCUCCUCAUGCUCCUCCUGCGUCUCCUCCACCUCCCUCAGGUUCACGGCAGUAGCGGAGAGUCUGCAGCAGGUGCGUCAGCACCUGAAGAAGCUGCAGGAGUUGGAGCAGAAGUUCACGUACGACAGCGACCCCAUCACACAGAAGAAGGCCUACCUGGAGGCGCGGGCCCUGGACCUCCUCAAGAACCUCCUCUCCAACUCCUUGGUGGUGGAGCGGCAGCCCUGUAUGCCCACUCACCCUCAGAGGCCUCUGGUGCUGAAGACAGGCGUCCAGUUCACAGUCAAGCUGCGGUUCCUGGUGAAGCUGCACGAGUUUAACUACCAGCUCAAAGUCAAGGCUCUGUUUGACAAAGACGUGACGGAGAAGAAAGGGUUUCGUAAGUUUAACAUUUUAGGCACAAACACCAAAGUCAUGAACAUGGAGGAGUCGAACGGCAGCCUGGCAGCAGAGUUCAGACACUUGCAACUGAAGGAGCAGAAAGUUGCCGGCAACCGAACAAAUGAGGGUCCUCUGAUCGUCACCGAGGAGCUUCACUCGCUCAGCUUCGAGUCGGAGCUGCAGCUCAACCAGUCGGGACUCGACAUCAAACUGGAGGCCAUGUCUCUGCCUGUCGUGGUCAUCUCUAACGUGUGUCAGCUGCCCAGCGGCUGGGCGUCCAUCCUCUGGUACAACAUGCUGACCACUGAGCCCAGGAAUCUGAAGUUCUUCAUCACCCCUCCGGCGGCGAAGUGGUCCCAGCUGUCCGAGGUCCUCAGCUGGCAGUUCUCCUCGGUCACCAAGCGAGGCCUGAACCAGGAGCAGCUCAACAUGCUGGCUGACAAGCUGCUCGGAGCCAAAGCCCAGAGGAACCCAGAGGGGCUGAUCCCUUGGACCAAGUUCUGCAAGCAGCAGAGUGCCAACGAGAAGUCUUUCCCCUUCUGGCUGUGGAUCGAAGGAAUCCUGGAUCUGAUUAAGAGACACCUGCUGUCCCUCUGGAACGACGGCUCCAUCAUGGGCUUCAUCAGUAAGGAGAGGGAGAAGGGUCUGCUGAGCGACAAGUGUCCGGGUACCUUCCUGCUCCGCUUCAGUGAGAGCAGCAGGGAGGGCGCCAUCACCUUCACCUGGAUCGAACACGACGUCCACGACAAGCCUCUCUACCACUCUGUGGAGCCGUACACUAAGAAGGAGCUGUCCGCCGUCUCGCUGCCCGACAUCAUCCGCACCUACAAGGUGAUGGCUGCUGAGAACAUCCCGGAGAACCCGCUCCGCUUCCUCUACCCCAACAUCCCCAAAGACAAGGCCUUCGGGAAGUACUACCCCAAACCCUCCGAGACUCCAGAGCCCAUGGACGUGGAGAACGGUCCAGAGAGGACCGGCUACAUGAAGACGGAGCUCAUAUCCGUCUCAGAAGUACAUCCGUCCAGACUGCAGGACAACAUGAUGCCCAUGUCUCCUGACGACUACAAGGUGCUGUCGCAGUACGUCAGUCCCAGAGACAUCGAUGCUGUGACCAACAAUCUGAUUUCUGGAUUCGGAGAGUUUGACGUUCAGAUGAGUGCAGAGUUUCAGGAUCAGAACUGAGGGACCGUCUCCGCUUCACACUGUGCCGUCCUCUCUUUAUUUAACUCUCAGACUCUGGGGUCAGGAAGCAGGUUCGCAUGUUAACCCUUUGCAGGAAAACUGUAGUUUCUAAGUUGACUUCAGAAAACUUGAUCUAGUUCAGAUAAGAUCUGUGAUUUCAUUCUAGUUCAGAUAAGAUCUGUGAUUUCAUUCUAGUUCAGUUAAGAUCUGUGAUUUCAUUCAUGUACAUAUAUAUUUCUUUUUUAUUCAAUGUGAACUUUAAACGCCUUUAAAUCAACACGAGCUGUAAAGCAGCGUACACAGUGUGCAUGUCUGUGUCGCUGUGUCGCUGAAGUACUGCGACCACUGUGAGCUGAAACUGUGAUGUUUCCUGUCGCACUUAAACUGAGCUUUUAAUUUAAACAAGUGUCUCGUUACUUUUGGUUUCAGCAAGUGAUGUAACAGUGGACCAUAAUUAAACCACUUUCACUCACA